CCACUCAUAACGAUUGAUCUAAGUUAACUAUCUUAGCAUUCACGAUGCUGAUAUAAUACAGACGAUAUCUGAAAGGGGGAACGGCACAGGAAAUUGCUUCUUUGGGCAUUUCGCACCGCGAAACCCCGCCCUAACCCCCUACGAGCACAACGAUAGAGUAAUGUAUUACAACCAUUUUCGAAGGCCCUGCUCUACAUCCAUCUUCGCAUAACCACAUACAGGAAGAGGGAAUAAAAGAGCAGGGAAAGUGUUCAGUAGUCAAUUGAUGCUACUUUAUUGACUGAGCAACACCUCGAUCUCCGGCUUCUCGAUUAUAUGACCGCAUUUGAAUCCAAACCUAGAACCGACAAUGCUACAAGAAAACCCCGUUCGAGCAUGUAUUCUGGUGUUCGGCCAGAUGGACCUGGUCGACUUUUCCGGGCCGUUGGAGACCCUCUACCACGCCUACGAACACGGCACUGAAGAUCGUUUGAUCUCCAUCGAAGUUGCUGCACCCACCGAAGAGAUCCUUACCGAGCAGGGCGUUAUAAUCAAGCGAAACAUCAGCUUUGAGCAGGCGCUGGAAUCUCUGCCACAGUACGACAUCCUAGUUGCCCCUGGCGCAAGCUAUAAAACAACAAAGGCAAUGUGUGAAUCCCCCGAUAACUCUGUCAUCAACAUUAUCAAGCAAUUCUGCUCGUUGCCGGCAACUCAAACAAAGACACGUCAGCGAAUCAUGUUAUCUAUAUGCAGCGGUUCGUUCUUCCUCGCUACUGCCGGUCUUCUGGCUGGACGUCGUGCCACCACGCAUUUCACAAGACUACCACAGCUCGAACAGGCUGCUGCAAAACAUGGGAGAACUGAGGUUUCGCGCCAUCGAUUUGUCGAUGCAGGCUUGUUGGAUAACGGUGUGCGAAUCGUCUCGUCUGGUGGCCUUACCAGCUGUUUCGACGCGGCGCUGUAUGCGAUCGAACUCCUGUGCGGGCUGCAGAGCGCUGAGUUCGCGAGUGAGGAGUUAGAUUAUCAGUGGCGAAAGUCUGAGGCAUUGUUCUAGACCUGGUAAAAAGCUCAUUAAUAGAAGUUAGCUCAGGCAAAGUAUACUGUACUGUGGAGAAGCAGCCCCUGUAUGUCCGAUCAGUUUGGGUGUGUCGAGUCAGACCUCGCGAAUGUUAAUUCUGUAUGUAAUUUGCAGUGUUUGCACCGUAGCUAGUGCCUUUCAUUAGUCACCUACCGGACAUCAGGCUAACUGUACAUGGAUAAGGCUGGAGGCGAGUGCCUCCUGUGAUUCGUCAGAAGAUAUAUUAUCUUUGGUGGGCCAAUCAAGUGUGAUAUAAUUCACGUGAAACGCCUUCCAAAUGCGGCAUACGACAGCGC